AUGCGUCGAUCAGGAUUGAACGAACCUUCACGUUGGGAACGGGAACACGCCGAUAUACUCUCCGCCAAGGGAAGACCCGACUUGUCUGAAUGUGUUCUCGUUCACAAUCGCAAGUUUCAACGCCUUAAUGAUCUUCUCCGUAGAGGUCUCGGUGUCAUAACAGAUGUGAACGCAACGAAGCGAGCAUUUUUAGGAUUGGGUGAUAACUAUACCGAUAAACAGCCGAGAACGAAGGCUAAAUGGAUGCAAGAGCAAAGAAUCCAGAGGAAGAAUGGCAAACGACUGGCAGGGCUUGUAAAUCGGGAGACGGAGUGA